CGGUACUACAUCCCGUGGCCCAGCCUCCUCAUCGCAGCGCUGGUCGCCAUCCAUCCGCUCCUCCUGUACCACAACAGAUGGUGACAACAACAUUGCAUCAAGAGGGGAGCACAUCAACAGACCGCAGCAUCCUUCCCGUGUAACACGGGCCUUUUGUCAGCAUGCUCAGAGGAUAGCAACGCGUGAGGCUUUGACUUCACGCGGCAGCACAGGCACCGGCACCGGCAGCACCACGGCCACCAGAGGAAGCUUCUCGUCCGUCUGUGUCGAGUGGGGAAGAUGGCCGCUAUGAAAAUAUUAACCAGUGGAGGGCUCUUCCUGGCGUUCUGCGCAAUGGGGCUGCUCGCUAUGGCAAUUUGCACCGACUACUGGUACGAGACGGACGCGAGGAGGCACCGAGAGAGGUGUAAAAACUACGCCAACAAGCGCAACGACCCAGGCUACAUCUACAUCUCGAACCACAACCUCCCCCUCCAGAUGCCUCCGAAGAGGAGGGGAGGCGGCCCGAAGGCUGCUCCUCUCUUCAGGGGCAAACGACACGUUGUGGCCGCAGCCUCCGCGAUGGAGUCCCACUGCAGUCGGCAGUUCAAUUCAACGGUGUCGGGCCUUUGGAGGAAAUGUCACCGGGAGGGAUUCGACCUUGAAACCGAGGACCUUAUUUACAAAGGAGUAAUUCAAAGAUGUACCCCAGUAAAGUAUCACUACACGUCCUCAAUUCUUCCACGAAAUUUACCCGUCAACAUCACGAAGACCAUACGGCAGGAUGAAUGGCACGCACUUCAUCUAAGAAGAAUGACAGCCGGCUUUGUUGGUAUGGCCGUCUCCAUAAUACUUUUUGGCUGGAUAAUUGGAGUGCUGGGUUGCUGCCAACAGCAUGACCUCAUGCAAUAUGUAGCUGGGCUACUCUUUCUCAUGGGAGGAACAUGCUGCAUCAUCUCCUUGUGCACUUGCGUGGCCGGAAUCAACUUUCAGUUAUCCCGCUACCCUCGCAACAUGUACGGCCUUCCGGAGGACAUUAGCCACGGCUAUGGCUGGUCCAUGUUUUGUGCCUGGGGCGGCCUCGGCCUCACUCUGCUGGCUGGGUUCCUCUGCACCUUGGCCCCCUCCCUCAGCACGCCGGCUCGCACGGCGACCCACAAGCCGAGGCACGAGAAUGGAACCGUGUGACAAGGCCAGGGCGACUAACCGCCGAGCGCACGGACUACACUCUUCAAAACGUGGAUGUGAACAUCUACAACCCUUUUUGUCUCAUCACCAUCUCACCGCGCACUCAACAUCGCCAUUCCUCUCAGUGUUCAUCGUGCCUGAGUUGUGAUCGCACACUUUCUGGAACAACGAACCCACAGACUUGGAAAAACAAGGACCUCCACAGGGACACCCAGAGUGCAAGCUAACGUCUUUGGCUAUCAUAGCACAAGGUUUUUUUGAUGUUGUCUCUUUGGACAUGCUGACUUUAUGGCAAUCUGAAGGUGACUGUUUUACAAUGGUGCUCUCCUAAAUCCAUUUGCUACACGUACGGACACUUCUAUGGGCGCACACGGGCCCAUGCAGACAGACACCGGCUUUUCCACACGCUCAUUUUCUGCUGAUGAAUCAUGGGAGAAAUCAUCCAAACAGAGCAAAUCGCAUCAAAUGAGGCCAGAACAUCCCGUCAGCCUUGCUCUUUUCAGUUGAGUGCAGUGCGCUGUUAUCAUUUGCGAUGGGGAGGGAGAAAGAAAAAAAAAAGAUUUGUCAAUCAAUGCCUAUUGCUGAUCUUUCGUGUAGCACAAUAAUAUCAAACGUUGGACCGUAGACCCUGUCAGAUGUCUGUGUUCUCUACUGGGUGAAUCAAGUGGUGUGGGAAGCAACAACAACAACACAAAAUACACCGGAUUAAAUUUGCAUCCAAAAGCAAACCAUUUUGAUCACCUCUUAAAAAGAUUUGUGUACAUGUAUGUGCGCAAUUGCAUCUCUAUGUAGACUAAGAUUCAAUGUUUAUGUCAAGUAGAUUUUCAAUAAGGUUGUUUAUAUCUGUGUGUGUCGAAACAAUGAUGCCUGACAGUAAGUGCAGGCUCAGCGGGAUUGUUUUCAAGAUUUGUGCUGCAGGGAUGAAUCCAUUAUAGGAUUGAGCAAGAUGAUGGCAUUUUGAGGUUUUCGGGGGUGAGGAGGAACUGAAAUGCAUAACUGCUGAGCUGGGACUUCGGGCUACUGCGCUCUAACUGCUUUUGACAGGGCCGGUUGUUUGCUGAGAGCUUAAUUGUAAGGCGACGAGAGACAUAUAAGAAAGCCGACUGCCGAGUGAAAUUCAGGUGCUGCGUUGUUUACACUCACAAUUUAAAGUACUUGUUUGUAGAAGGGAAAACAAGUGCUGGAAAGUUUUAGCAUUGCCACAAAAAAAAAAAGACGCCUCAACAUGGUCCUUUGCAGCUAAAAUGGUGAAAUGGAACAAGCGGCAUUUUAUUAUUUUAUUUUUUACACUAAAAUCCACCUUUUUCAAUGUGUUGCUGCACAUCUAAGGAGUUCUUCUACCACUUAAUUCAACCGUAAUUCAGUUGUUUGAAUAAAACGGCAUCACUUUGAUUAGAUGCAGGGCUGCAACCUCCCCAAAAUGAUCAAAAGAACAAGCCCAUUGUCAUCUGUGGUCUUCAACAAAUGCAUUCCACUGCCACCGCCGAGGAUUCGUCUCAAAAAUCAACCAACACCAUGAAGUGUUUUUGGGGGGCUUAUUAUCCACCUCCUCCUCCUGGGCAAUCAGCCCCCUUCAGGGACUUGCCCCCCUCCUGUGUCGCACACCCGGUACGACUCCAGCAGGUGCCAAGCGAGGUUCACACCCAUUGCGGGCCCCGAAAGGGCCCUCGCCUGAUUAUUGGUUAGAGAGGGUUGUGGGGCGGCUACUCCCACUCUCGUCCAUUCCGGCAGGGCGAGCACUGGGUGCCUCACCUUCCAGUGAGACCCCACCUCCUUCCCCGCCGGCUGGUGGGCAUUUAGCUGUGUCUGGGGCCCAAGAGCCCUGGCGUUCCCCCCUCCGCGCCACUCGGAGGCAUCCCACCACGCGAGGCGGACUCAACAUCAUCAUCAUCAUGUUCAGUGAGCUCAUUGAGCCGUUUAACAGAAAUUUCAAACUGAAUUCAGCUUUUUAUAUCCGAACGUGAACCAACUGUCUUAAGUCAAAAUUCAGUCAAGCAUAUCGCCAAACCACAACAAAAACAUGGUUUCUCUAUUGAGGAAUGCAAGUACAUCUAAAUUAUUCUGAAAUAAUCUGAAGCCUUGGUUUAAAAAAAAUUAGUGUACUACUUUCUCAUUUCUUUCAAACUUUAAAUUCCUUGAUGACAAAGGUUUUGUAUUUCUGCUUUAAAAAAAAAACCAUCCUGGUUAAAUGGCUUCCACGUGGUGGUGUAUUAUUAACCGUUACAGCAUAAACAUUAAAAAAGUACAUAGUGUUGUUAAUUUUGGGCAGCUGUUGCGUCCAUUUAAAGUUGAUAAGACUUGUACAUAACGAUACAGACAGAUGAAAAUAUGUGCCUACUUGACAAAGUGUGACCAAACCAAAACUAAUCUGGGCCGAAGAUUUGGGGAAAGUUGGUUUAAUGUAAAACACACGCAACUAAGUAUUUUAUGAAAUGUUUUCUUGUGCAAAACAAUUUCUAUCACACAGCAGCAUCGGCCCACUGACAGGAUUAAAUAGCAGAACAGGCUGUUUAUGGAGUUGGAAGGAUUCUCAGUCACUUAUUUUGUGUGGAGUUGGCAUUAAAAAAAAAAAAAAAAGAUCCUGGUCACCAAAACAGUCAAGUAUUAAAGUUUGGUGAGAUGAGUCAUUUGAGAUGUUAUCAUCUAUGUCAGUUAACUUUCUUGGGGGGAAAAAAAGAAAAAAAGGUGUUAUGAUGCGUGUUGACAACACUGUAUGUGAUGUUCAAGUCCUUUUUCACGUUACCAAACCCACUACAAGAGGUUUGACGUUAACUGAAGCAUGAUUGAAAAGUGUUUCUUCAGUGUCUUGUCAAAUCUUUGCACAUUGCUGGGUCGGUUCCAAGUCAAAGCAGACAACAUUACCAAGUCAAAUGUUUGCAAGGUCACAUAUGGCAUCCAAAAGGAUACGAGCAUGUGAUGCACAGAAUGACGUGUCUUUUACAAACAUUCUGGGAUUUAUACCACGUUGUGUAUUUAUGGAAAGUCCGUUCAACCAUUUAAGUAUUGUGAAAAUAGGAUGGCAUUAAAAAGGGAGCGAUUGUUAGGAAUAAACCAUGAACAUUUAUUGUGCUACGCCAUUCAUGAGUCACCUGACUUACAGAACACUUUUCAGGGUUUUUUUCCUUCUAUAAAGAUCACCACCCAAAGUCUCCGGUUAUGUAAGUGUUAUGAUAAGGACUAAAUAGUAAUGUGAAUAUGUUGACAUAACGGAAGCAAUAUUACACACCUUAUGUGUUUAUUUAUUUUGUGGUCAUGUUCCGACCCACUUUUUUGAUCUGAUGUGCUCCAACUCCAUAUUAGAUGAAGAGCACAAUUGAUGUCCAUUUUGUGAGAUUGUUGCAUUCGAUGCAUCUAAAAUGACAGCACAAUUUGUAAUUUUAACAUUAUUAUCAGUUUAUUUUUUUCAUACAAGGGAAAAGGAGGUCGAGUUUGAUUGAUGAUUCAGAAUCGAAUACAUAUCCUCUCAACAUUCAACUUCCUGUGUUCAGCAGAAAAGCUGCUAUUUAAAGCGGCGUGGCUCUUAUUUUUUACAUUUGUACCAGUGUAUUUCCCUGCAGGUGCUUUGUGGUGACUGAAAAGGCAUAACAGACAUGCAUGAUAUCAUUGCGGUUCAUUUCAAUAUUCAGCUGUCGAUUUUCCUUAUUUAUUUUACUGAAAUAAAAGAUGUAAUUACUA